AUGGGUUGCUCCUCGUUAGGACUCCUUGCAUUAUCAAAUAACACGUUGCAGGGUAAACUUUUCUCCGGAGGUUUUAACUUAACAAACUUGAACGAGUUGCAAUUGGAUGGAAAUAACUUCUCUGGAAGGAUCCCAAAUGUCUUGUCUAACUGCUCUGCCUUGCACACACUUGAUCUAAGCAAUAACCAUAUCUUUGGUACGAUACCUAGUUGGAUGGGGAAUAUGUCUAGUUUGUCAACGUUAGAUCUUAGUAAAAACCAUCUCUUUGGUAGGAUACCACAGUGGAUGGGAAGUACGUCAAAUUUGGAACAAAUUGCCGUGGCAGAUAAUCAUCUUGAAGGUCCAAUCCCAGAGGAGUUUUGCAAACUCAAUCAUGUAUUGGACCUUUCGGUAAACAACAUCUCUGGGAGUUUACCAUCUUGCUUCAAACCCUUAGGGUGCGUUUGGUAUAAAGCAUGUGUUGAUAUUUCUGUUUAUUCAUUGACAGCUGUGGUUGAUGGGUUGUGUAAAAACGGGGAUGUGAAGAAAGGUAGAGAGAUAGUGGAGGAGAUGGCAAAUAGAUGGAUUAAAGCCAAUGUAAUAACUUAUAAUAUUAUAAUAGAUGCUUGUGCAAAGAGUUGGGAUUUUGAGGAGUUGGAUUUGGUGUUAGGUUUGAUGGAAAAAGCAGGAGUGGAAUUCAAUGUCGAGACCUUUAAAUUUUUGAUUGAUGGGUAUACAAGCUAUGGGAAAAUCAAUGAAGCUGGAAGGUUGAUUGGAGAGAUGCAUGACAAAGGUUUGGAAGUUGAUACUUAUUUGUAUAAUUUGAUGAUAAAUGGUUAUUGUAAGUUAGGAUCAAUAGAGAAUGUGUUAUUGUUGUUUGAUAGAAUGAGCAAUAGAGGUGUAAAGCCAAAUGCUGAUACAUAUUGGUCGUUAAUAAAUGGGUAUUCGAAGGUUGGAGAAAUGGAAAUGGCAAUGAAGUAUGUAAAUGAGAUGCAAAAGAAGGGGUUUGAGUUGGACAAGGUUAUGUAUGAUAUGUUGAUUGAUAGAUUUUGCUAGAAUGGGAUGGUUGAUGAAGCUUUUGAGUUGCGAAUUGAGAUGGAGAGGAAAGGAUUUCAUUCUGAUAUGUACCUAUGCAAUCAGAUGGGGACAUUAUUGUGUGAGAUUUAUCAGAUUGAGAAAGCAAAGAUGCUACUCAACAUAAUGAUUAAGAGGGGUGUAUGCCCUAAAAUAGUAAGCUUCACAUCUGCAAUCAGCUAAAAAUGCAAGGAAAAAAAUUUAGUGGAGUGGCAAUAUAAAGGGCUUAAAAACCGUUGUACGUG